UACUUCCCGGGGGUCUCCAGGUUCCGCGCUCUACGGCGCUGGCGCUGCUGAGCUGGAAUGUCGGCGUCUGGCCGGGAGGACGCCCCUGGUCCUCCUGGCAGCUACGCGAAGCGGGUCCUGGUGACCGGGGGUGCUGGAUUCAUUGCGUCCCAUGUGAUUGUCUCCUUAGUAGAAGACUAUCCCAACUAUAUGAUCAUAAACCUUGACAAGCUGGAUUACUGUGCAAGCUUGAAGAAUCUGGAACCUAUUUCUAACAAACAAAACUACAAAUUUAUACAGGGUGACAUUUGCGACUCCCACUUUGUGAAGCUGCUGUUUGAGGUGGAGAACAUAGAUAUAGUCCUGCAUUUUGCUGCACAGACGCAUGUAGAUCUUUCAUUUGUCCGUGCCUUUGAAUUUACAUAUGUCAAUGUUUAUGGCACUCAUGUUUUGGUAAAUACUGCUUAUGAAGCCAGAGUGGAAAAAUUUAUUUACGUCAGCACAGAUGAAGUAUAUGGAGGCAGUCUUGAUCAGGAGUUUGAUGAAUCAUCACCCAAACAACCUACAAACCCUUAUGCUUCAUCUAAAGCAGCCGCUGAGUGUUUUGUACAGUCUUAUUGGGAACGAUACAAGUUUCCAGUUGUCAUCACCAGAAGCAGUAAUGUUUACGGACCACAUCAGUAUCCAGAAAAGGUUAUUCCAAAAUUUAUAUCUUUGCUCCAACACGACAGGAAAUGCUGUAUUCAUGGAUCGGGGCUUCAAAGAAGAAACUUCCUUUAUGCUGCUGAUGUAGUGGAAGCAUUUCUCACUGUCCUCAGAAAGGGAGAACCAGGAGAAAUCUAUAACAUUGGGACCAACUUUGAAAUGUCAGUUGUUCAGCUUGCAAAAGAGCUAAUACAGCUGAUCAAAGAGACCAGUUCGGAGUCCGAAACGGAAAGGUGGGUGGACUACGUUGAUGACAGACCUCACAAUGACAUGAGAUAUCCAAUGAAGUCUGAAAAAAUUCACAGUUUAGGAUGGAAGCCCAAAGUGCCUUGGGAAGAAGGAAUAAAGAAAACAGGCAGAGAAAUAGAGGAAGACAGCCCAUGUCUUCUGGCCUUUCCAAACACAUGCACAAGCUUGGGAAGUGCUUUGUCUGCCAUGGAGUGAUGCUUGCAGCUUUACCCUGCCAACAAGAGUGUUUUUAAAGUUAAUAUAAUCAGAUGUAUAGAUCCAUGUUUUUUGUUUUAAAGAUCAUAUGCAUGUGUUGCAGAAAUUGAAGAUUAAGUAAAAAAAAAAAGGCAUCUUACCACUGGACGAUCACUUGUUAAUAUUUUGACAUAUGUUCUUGUUUGGUGCAUAUCCACAUAAUUUGUGAAAACUAAAUGUGGGAUUAUCAUGGACAUACUAUUUGGAGGGUUUUUUUGUUUUUGUUUUUGUUUUUGUUUUGUUUUGUUUUUCCUAUUGACAGUAUUUCAUAGAUACUUUGAUAUGGGAUCUUUUGCCAUUUUUAAUGACUAUAGAAUUAUGUUUGAUAGCUUAUUCUGGAAACAGUAUGAAAGAUGAGUCUAAGGAUGGCAGGAUUGAGCUCCCACUGGCAUUCAUCUUAGGAAGCUUUGCCAUGAAUCAGGCCGUUGACACUCAGGCCUGAAGCACAGCCCUGCAAACAGAUAGAGCUGAUGACAGACUGGAGAACUUGUAGAUUACAAACUCACUGAUUGAUGACAGGUGGUAAAGCUGUUGCUGGACUUGGGUGGUAUUUGAAGGCUUAGAAUGUGGGACUGGAAGGAUAAGUUUAGGAGUCGGGGCUCUUACUCAAAAAGAGUCACAUAUAUGAAUGUGUAGAUCAAGUUGGUGGGCUCAAGAGCUAGAAAAACAUAUUUGGGGCCUAAAUGGCUGUUAACACCUGAGAGUGGGACCUGGAGGUGAUGGGACUUUUAAGAGAAGGCUGAGUAGGUGGAUGCAACCUUUGGUAGGGAUUAAUGUAACUUUCCCAGAAACCUGGUUAGUUUCCAGGAGAAUGAAUUGUUACAAAAGAGUAACAGCAACAACCUCUGCUCUUAUGGCUUCCUGUCUUCACUGUGAGAUCUGUUGCACACACACACAGUUUUUCAGAUUUAUUCAGUGUGUGUGUGUGU